AUGGAUUCUUACGGCUCCUCCCUGAACCGCAGCCAGUCGCUGGCGAGCGGCCUGGAGAAGGCGUCGCCCACGUGGAAACCGUCCCAGUCGCGGAGGAGCAGCAGCACGGUGUCGUCCCGUCACUCCAGACAGAUAAUCAAAGACUGGGAAGUGAUUGACGACCUUCAUGGAGAAACUCACACAGGAAGCGAGAACCCUCAGGAGGUGUCGACCCCGGGGAUCUGUGAAGGAUAUCUGCUGAAGAGGAGGAAGUGGCCACUGAAAGGUUGGCACAAGCGAUACUUUGUCCUGGAGGCCGGGAUCCUGCGCUACUCCAAAAAUCAACAAGAUGUCUCCAGGGGGCGUGUCCAGGGCUCUCUGGACGUCAGCCUGGCUGUCAUGUCCAUAAAUAAGAAAUCGAACCGUAUUGACCUGGACGCAGGAGACAUCCUCUAUCACAUGAAGGUAAACGCAAAGAGCCACGAGCUCUUCUACAUCUGGGCGACCAAGCUCCAGGCCCAUCGCUUGUUCAAGAAGAAGGAGGCGGCUCAGGCUCACGGCGGCUUCCUCCACACGCUGUGCCUCAGCGCCGCCGCCGGAGGAGGAGCUCAGAGAAACGGAGACGUGGUGAAUAAAGUCUCUCCAGUGGUUCAUUCAGCUGCAGCUUCCGGAGUUCUGCCGUCACCGAACUCUGCCGUCAACAGCAAGGUCUCCGCCUGGCUGCAGCAGAGCCGAGACCCAGACACCUGCGUCCAAGAGCUCAACCGAUGCCACUUGGACCUGUCGGAGCUAAACCGUCUAAUCCUGAGGCUGCAGGCGCUGGAGGCCGGCCAGGCGUUCAGCAACGGAGAGCUGCAGCGAAUCAUCAGCACACAGAAUCUUUCUCUGGAGAAGCCGAAGAAGCCGAAGUCGGGGAAGAUCUGGGGCCACUCCCGCACGCUGUCCAGGGUGGAGGUCCUGGGAAUGCCUAUUCGAGGGAUUUCCAAAUCGCUGUCCUCCAGUCACCUGGGCAGCUCCCCUCACCUCGGGGCAUCGGUCCCUUCCAUCCCAGAAUACGUCUACUCUCAGCUGUCCCCCCCCACCGUCGCGUCGCCCGAGGGAAAGAAGAUCCAGCAGGACAUCUGCGCCACGUCGCUACGAGUGUUCACAUCCCUGAAGUCGGUUCACGAGACUCUGUCCCAGGAGAGACAGAAAGCACAAGAAGUCUGGGAAUCGAACGUCCGCCCGUCGAACACGUUAUCUGAGCCUGCAGGAGGGAGGCGCUCCUCCCACGGACCUCCUUCCGUGGCAGACUCGGCCGCCGAGUACUUUGACGCCAGCGAUGACAUCAUCUGUGGUAGUUCCUCCGAGGGGUCGGAAUCCGGCCUCAGUGACGGGAGCACGACCAACUCGGAGCCGGAGGAGGGUCACGCCUCGGCCACCAGGAAGUACCGCGCCAGCAUUUCCAAGAGUCCGAACAGCGUCGCCCCCAAGAGCACCGGAGGUCGCACCACGCUUCCUGCUCACUGUCCGGACAACAGCCACGUGGGCCUCAUGGCCAUUCUCUACAACAACAUAGGGAAGGACCUGGCCCGGGUGUCCAUGCCGGCUGCUCUCAACGAGCCGGUGAACCUGCUGCAGCGGCUGUGUGAGGAGCUGGAGUACAGCGAGCUGCUGGACACCGCCAGCAACACGCCGGACCCCUACCAGAGGAUGGUUUACAUUGCUGCCUUCGCUAUCUCUGGUUACGCCUCUGCGACGUUCAGGAACCACUACAAACCCUUCAACCCGGUGCUGGGAGAAACCUACGAGUGCAUCAGAGAGGACCGCGGCUUCCGAUCCAUCUGCGAGCAGGUCUGUCACCACCCGCCCAUCUCCGCCUGCCACGCAGACUCAGACAACUUCUCUUUUUGGCAAGACCAGCGAUGGAAGAAUAAGUUCUGGGGGAAGUCUCUGGAGAUUCUGCCGACCGGCAUGGUGAACGUGACUCUCCCAAGAUACGGUGACCACUACGAGUGGAACAAGGUCGUGACCUGCAUCCACAACGUGCUGAGUCAGCAGCGUUACAUGGAGCACUACGGCGAGGUCACCAUCCAGAACCUCAAGAGCAACGCGUGCACCUGCAAGAUCACGUUCGUCAAGUCUCGUUAUUGGGGUUCGGACACGAAUAAGAACGAGGUGCAGGGCACGGUGCUGGACCAGAGCGGCAGCGUCAUCCACCGCUUCGGAGGCCUGUGGCACGAAGGCAUCGUCUGCGACACGCUGCCCACGGCCAAAUGCGUCUGGAAGCCAAAUCCUCAGCCGAAGGAUCACCAGCUCUACUACGGCUUCUCCAGCUUCGCCAUGGAGCUGAACGAGCUGCACCCGGAGCUGAGGCCUCGGCUGCCGCCCACCGACAGCCGCCUGCGCCCGGACCAGAGGCUGCUGGAGGAGGGACAGGUGGACGAGGCGGACAGAAAGAAAGACGACAUCGAGGAGCUGCAGAGAUCCUGGAGGAAAGAGCUGGGGAACAAGGGGGAGGAGCACGUCCCACGAUUCUUCAAGAAAGCCAAAGACUCCUGUGGACGGGACGUGUGGCUGACCAACAGAACUUACUGGAAGCUCCGGGAGAAUCCAGGUUUUGCUAAAACUCAAAACUUGACUCUGUGGUGA